GCGUGCGCACACACGCACACACAGACACACGCACACACAGACACACGCACACACAGACACACGCACACAGACGCACACCAUCUGGAAUGAACUCAUGCCUCAACUCCUCAAGCCACACUGUGGCCCUUCUCUAUUCUCAUUUUUUUGAGCUCUGGUUGGACCACAGAAGAUCAGUGAUUGGUUGUUUAUUUGGUUCAUCUUAGAACAGAUCAUUUUAAUAUUGUUCAUCUUACUAAUCUUUUUUUUUUGUAUUAUUGUUUGUUUAUAAAUUCAUAUUGUACUAUAACAUAAAUAAUAUUAUUGCGUGUGCCCUGUGGUUGAGUAUUUUGUCAUUCCCAUGUCAAUUUUUUUCAUGCUCUGCUUUAAGCGUAAGGUCUUUGUAAUGUUUGAUAGUGAAGUUUUCAUAUUUACAUUUAAAAUGACUGUUUAAAAUAGGCAAAUACAUAUUCUGGCAGAAACAUUAAGGCCAAGAUGGUACCAUCGGCUAUUAUAGUUUGCAUUCAUGUGAUUUGCUAGUGUCUACAUGAUUUAGACAAAAGGAAUUCAAUAAACAAUUUUUAAAAUCAGUUCUUCAGGUAAGCCCAAAUAACCAUUUUCUCAGAUUUAGAAAAUUAUUCAGUCUAUAUAUAGUAAUGCUGACUGAAAACCAGUAAACACCAUUUUUGCAGGCCUAUCCACACUGACACCUAAAAUAAUUGAUUGUCAAUUUGAUGUGUAACCCAGUAUGAUGCACUAGGAGGUUACAAGCCUUACUAGGACAAUAGUGUAAAACAAUUUACUUGUACACACACAUACUUUAUACAGUACAUAAGGUUACCAAAGAAACAAUGUUUUAGACGUGUGUAUAUGAUAAAAGCACUUAGAACAGUAGAUCAAAGGUACAUUUCCAGGACUUCACUAAAUUAUAAUUAUAAACUAUAACUAGUGAGUUUAUUAAUAGACAAUUGGGUUCAGUCAAAUGUACAAACAAAAACCCAAACAAUUCUGACUGUAAAGCAAGGUCAAAGGUCAGGUUUGGUGUAUGUAGAGCUGGCUUUACAUCAGAACUAUGUCCAACAGGAGGCAGCUCUGGUGCCUAUAAGCACUGACAUAAGUUGACUUAUUUUAAUAUUCUUUUUUGCUAACUCUAAUGUUCCUGUUACACCCUGCAUCCACAAUGAUGUACUGUUAGUUUUAAACUCCAUACCAUUUAAAUGUAAGCAUCUCAGUUAUGUUUUUACAUUUUCAGGAAUUUGCUGACUUUGGUUAUAACAUUAUACUUUGCAAGAGGUUUUGGCAUGCACUUCUUGCCUGUAGCGACAUUGGAGUUGGUUUUCUUAGAGUGGGGCCACUGAAAGGUUCAUAUUGCUUCUGUGCUAAUGACAACUAACCCUAAGAUGUUGCUUAUUCCACAAAAUAAGGGAAUGUGCUCAAGCUGUACUGAAAAUACAAUAACUUCACUGUUCUUAUGGCAUAAGUAGGACAGAAACCUUUCCUAGCUUGAGUGGCAGUAAGUGUAGCCCUAAGUAAUAAAAUAAUCAAAGAGUAAAUGUUACACUAGUAAUGAGCAGUAAUGAGUUGCAGCCUCUCCUCUCCUGCAGUUUCAUGAUGUCCUAAGUUGUGACGGCAGCCUGGGGGACCAAACCUUUCUUCGCCCUUACGCUGAUUAAAAUGCGACAGUGCCACGUGCUUGUGUGAUCUCAGUCUGGAUGCUGCUUAAUCUGGUGUUGUACUGUGACCUCUCUUCAGCUGUCUGCGGCAUGUGCCCAAUGAAAGGAACGGUGAAAGUGGGUGAUUCCUUAGACUGUCUCAAAGCGAAGGAAAAAAACGUGAUCGCAGAGACAUAUACCCACCGAAGAAGAAAACAAAAGCAAAACGACACAAAAAAAGGCAUCUGGAUUUCCAAACUGUGAAAUUUCCCUCAAAUCUCUCUGCUGUCAGACUAGGAUUCUGUAUCCUAUAAUGACACUGUACAUUCACAUGUUGGCCUGCGCCUUUGGCCUGGGUUCCUGGGUGGCCAUUAAUGGGAUGUGGGUGGAGCUACCACUGAUCGUUAACAUUCUGCCAGAGGGAUGGGUCUUACCUUCCUACCUCACAGUUAUCAUCCAGCUGGCCAAUCUUGGCCCUCUUUUAGUUACCCUUGUGCACAAGCUGUGUCCAGGACGAUUGCGGGAGAAUCUGGUGAUCUAUUUGGUGCUGAUACUCGGUGCUGUAGCAUGCGUCCUCCUGACAGUAUUCUGGAGGAAGACUACAGUCAUUUUGGGUGAAUUGAGGAGCACAGCAUUCUUCAUCCUCAUGUUCUUCCUCGCCUUGGUGGACUGCACUUCCUCUGUCACUUUCCUACCAUUCAUGAUGCAGCUCCCAGCCAAAUACAUCACCACAUAUUUCAUUGGCGAAGGACUGAGUGGCUUUGUGCCUGGGCUCAUAGCUUUGGCGCAGGGCGUUGGGAUGUCCAAGUGUGUCAACAUUUCCCAAACAGUGGAUAACCUCUCACACUCUGACAAUGAAAGCUUUGCACUGGAGACUCAAUACCUCCCUCCCAACUUCUCCACGGAGGUCUUCUUCUCCUUUUUGUCAGCCAUGAUGGUGGUAAGCCUUGGUGCUUUUGCCAUGCUGGACUGGGUACCUCGGACCUUUGAGAUCUCUACCGAGCAUCUGGUACCUGAACCAGGUGCUGUCAUAUCGGUCUGUGGGGGUGUGGAAAAUCCUGCAGCAAGCAAUCUUACAACAAAGAGCCAAGAGGAUGAUGAGAGGAGCUGGUUAAGACCUCUGGUAGUGAAGCCAUUCUAUACCACCCGUGAGCUGACUUUUGUCUAUUUCAUGGUGGUGUGGGCAAACGGCGCCACCAAUGGACUGCUGCCAUCAGUGCAGACAUUCUCCUGCAUGCCCUAUGGCAAUCUGGCCUAUCAUUUGUCAGCUGCCCUGGCCUCAGUUGCUAAUCCACUGGCCUGCAUUAUUGCUAUGCUUGCUCCCAAACGUUCACUGGUGUUCCUGGGUGUCUUGUGCUUGCUGGGGACUGGCUUUGGUGGGUACAACAUGGCCAUGGCAGCCAUGAGCCCCUGCCCGUUACUGCAAGAUGCACCAGCAGGACAGGCUGCAAUUGUACUGUCCUGGGUUUUCUUCAUGGGCUUGCUGUCCUAUGUGAAGGUGAUGGUUGGUGUCAUUCUAAGGGACCAGAGCCACACUGCCCUCGUGUGGUGUGGAGCUGCAGCACAAACUGGCUCUAUGGUGGGCUCCAUCAUUAUGUUUCCUCUGGUCAAUGUAUAUAAUCUGUUUAAGUCAGGGGAUAUCUGCAGCAGGAAAUGCCCCUUAUGAGCUUUUUAUGUAAUU